AUGACUUGGGUCCCUCAACCACCCCCGCAAGAACAAUCUUUCGAGGCCCUGAACACCGCCCUCGCCCAGGGCUCCAAUUUCUGGAACGCCGGUGAACUAUACGGCACGCCGGAGCACAACUCUCUGCAUCUACUGCAUAAUUACUUUGCCCAGCACCCGGAGAAUGCGGACAAGGUCGUUCUUAGCAUUAAGGGCGGGUUGAAGCCGGGCCAGCUGGCGCCUGAUGGCUCCGAGGCCAAUAUUCGGCGCAGUGUGGAUGAGUGUCUGCGCUUGCUGGAUGGGAAGAAGAAGAUUGAUAUCUUUGAGUGUGCCAGACAGGAUCCGAACACUACGGUGGAGCAGACGGUCACUGUUCUUGCGCAAUAUGUUAAGGAGGGGAAGAUUGGGGGCAUUGGGCUAAGUGAGGUUGAUGCGCAGACUAUUCGGAGAGCACACAAGGUGCACCCGAUUGCAGCUGUAGAGGUUGAGCUAUCUCUGUUCGACCUCACCAUCCUCCAGAACGAUGUCGCGAAAGUGUGCGCGGAACUCAACAUCCCCAUUGUGGCGUACUCGCCAUUGGGACGGGGUGUCUUGGCCGGUGCCUUCACUACCGCCGCCGACAUCCCCGAUGGUGAUUUCCGUAAGAUGCUGCCCAAGUUCCAAGACGAGGCAAUGAAGCAGAACAUCAAGCUAGUCAACGAAGUCAACGACCUCGCCGCUCGGAAGGGCGUUGCUCCCGUUCAGAUCGCACUCGCCUGGGUUCUUACUCUUAGCGACAGGCCUGGCAUGCCUACGAUUAUCCCUAUCCCUGGUGGCACCACGAGCGCCAAGGUAACACAGAACUUGCAAGCGCCUCGUCUCACCGACGCAGAGAUGGCAGAGAUUGAUGCAAUUCUGACGCGAAAUGAGAUUGUUGGGGGUCGGUACUGA